ACACGAAAACACUCGACAACUCCACCAGUAGAACAAACAAACAAACAAAUGCGAUGCGAGAUGAAUGCAGUGUGCGACUGGCAACGAGACGCGACGACAACUGGCAGCUUGUUUCGCGAAGUGCAAUUCGAAACAGUUGCUCCAAUUGUUUUCCUUUCCCCCAAAACAUUACUUUCAGCUGGCGUACGAUCGAACGACAAAAAAAAACAGAGACGACCUCGUGGCACCUUCACAGGGCACCCGAAACAGUGGCACCAGGUCUUGUCUGCUUAUCAAACAGUGAGUGUGUUAUUGCCUUUGUAGCGCAAUACUGCAUAAGGUACCCGAACCGGCAGUGUAGAUGUGCGAUACGUUUGAAGUGACAGUAAACACCUUCGACGAACUGAUAAAUUAAACGGAUUGAUAACACAGCCUACUUCGGCACUUGCCGUGCGCAGAGAGAAACCCGAACCCCGAAGAUGUGUCUCGCUAGUGAUUAACCAAUACUGGCUGGUGGUGAAUGGUGCAGUGCCGCGUGGAUCAAUUCCCACCAUGUACGGAAAAUUUUUCUCCACCAAGCGUGACAUCGUGUGGGCGCUGGUCGUGUUUUGCUGCAUUCUGGCCCUUUAUCUCUACCACAAUCAGCUGUCGGAUCGGCUCGCUACGUUGGAGGAGUUUAAGCGUACGCACCAGGAGGAACACGAGCGGACGGUGGUACGGGGCGGGGCAGCAGAUUUUAUUGUGCCGCCGUAUCAAGUGGUCGAGUACGAUGCCCACUACACACCGGUGCCGGAUGAUGGGUGGAUCGAAAAGCUACCGGGCGAUAUGGGGAAGGCGGUGAUACUGCCCGACAACAUUACCGACGACGUUCGGGAGCUGGUCCAGCAGGGCUACGACAAACAGGGCCUGAAUCAGUACGUUAGCGAUCUGAUGCCGGUACGGCGCCGGUUACCCGAUCUGCGGGACCCUUGGUGUACGGCGGAACAACGACUUCGGACCGCGCUGCCGCAAGCAUCGAUCGUGAUCGUGUUCUACAAUGAGGCGUGGUCGGUGUUGGUACGUACCGUGCACUCCAUCCUGGACCGUAGCCCAAAAGCGCUCAUCCGCGAGAUCAUCCUGGUGGACGAUUACUCUAAUCUGGCACAUCUACGCACACAGCUCGACGAGUACUUCAGCCGCUAUCCACUCGUGCGCAUCCUGCGCGUGCCCAAGCGCCUUGGGCUGAUACGAGCCCGACUGUACGGUGCCCGGAAUGCGUCGUCCGAAUUUCUCACCUUUCUCGACGCCCACUGCGAGUGUAUGAACGGUUGGCUCGAGGGUCAGCUGGAUGUAGUGGUGCGAGAUCCGCACGCCAUCGCACUGCCGACGAUCGACUGGAUCGACGAGAACAACAUGAAGCUGGUAAGCGACAAGGCACCGGUAUACUACGGCGCAAUGGGAUGGGGUUUGGACUUCGAGUGGCGUGGCCGGUGGGAUCGCGUGAACAAACCGGCCAACAAGAUGGAACCGUUCAGCACACCGGUGAUGGCGGGUGGAUUGUUUACGAUCCAUCGGAAAUUCUUCGAGUGGCUCGGCUGGUACGAUGACGGGUUGGAUGUUUACGGCGGUGAAAACAUUGAGCUAUCGCUGAAGGCGUGGAUGUGCGGCGGGAAACUGCUGACCGUGCCUUGUGCCCGUGUUGCUCACAUCCAAAAAACUGGACAUCCCUAUCUGGAUGAAGUAACUACCGACGUCGUACGCACCAACUCGGUUCGCGUGGCUGAAGUAUGGCUGGAUGAGUACGCAUCCGUGCUGUACGGAAUGUUUGGUGGACCACAGUUUCGCGGUAACUAUGGAGAUGUCUCCGCCCGCAAGCAACUACGAAAGGAUCUCCAUUGUAAAGACUUUCACUGGUACCUGGAGAACGUAUUCCCGGAGUUGACCGGAGAACUCGACAAACGUCCCGGACAAGGCCCAGUACGGAACGAAGCUUUGACUGGGUCACCCGACUACUGUUUAACGUACGUUGAGCCAAAGAACACCGUCCACAUGGCACCAUGCCAGCAGGCGAACGCGUGGCAAGAGUGGGUGUUCAGUUUGUACGGCGAAAUUAGUACCGAUAACCACUGUCUAGACUACGACGGUAACAUGCUGCUGCUGUACCAUUGCCACAAGGCGAAGGGAAAUCAAGAAUGGACGUACAAUGCUACCACGUACCAGUUCAAGCACAAGAAACACAAGGGCAAGUGUUUGGAUGUCGAUGAAGCGAUGAAGAAGGUGCGCGUCAAUGAAUGCGACCUGGAUGAACAAUCUCAGAAGUGGCACUAUCCGGCCAUAGAGUUUAAUGAGUAGAUAAAGAGCCAAAGCACUGAACCCAUGCCGUUCCGGAAAGAUAUGUUAGUAAAACAUAAUAAAUGGUUUAAAUAU